GCCCGUUAGUUGCGUCUGCCGAUAAUAGCACAUCAGCCAGAGCGCUGCUACUGGGGGAGCAGAGCACAGGCAGCGCAGAGGACUGAGCCGCUGAGCGCACAAUGCUUCACCAGACAGGGAGCGUGAAGGGAGAGCGCAUCCGCACAUGUACAGGAGAGGAGGACUGAGCAGGAGAAGGGCAGCAGAGAGAGGAGCAGGAGCAGGAGAAAAGUUACCCGGUCAGCAGCUGAGACUCACUCGGGUCUCAGUCCCAGUGGAGGAGCCAAGCACAUCAAUGAGCAGAGCAGGAGGAGAGUGAUAUUACAGCAGGGAGAGCUGCAAGUUCUCAGAAUCCAGUCCUGUCAUAAGGCAAACAGGAGCCGCUGCACUGCUUGCUCCAGGAUUAUCACAGGAAGGCAGAGGACUCUUACUGUGAACCUGCCCCCAAAGUGCCUCUGCUGCUCCAUCCGACUCACUUCUGCAGGAGACCACAGGAAGGUGGAUGUAGUUGGGUGCCUUUGUCUUUUUUUCUUUUAUUCUAAACUGUGAAGCAGUGGAGAUUUGAAGGGCAAGUAGUUCUGUCUUAUCUCUGGGACUAUGUUAGACUGUGCAUCAGCAGCAGCAGCAGCAGCAGCAGCAGGCGCUCUAGAGCAUGGAGAAGUCCAGCAGUGAGGAGUCAGCCAUUCACCGUAGUCCAUCAGUAGAUAGCCGGGAUUCUGAUUUUCCUCAAGCCUCCACGUCUGGUCGGCCGUUCGGCGGCCGCGGCUUCACUGCCGGCGCUUUCUACGGCUCCACGGGGCCACGCAAAAACGCACAGCAGGGCCCAGCCGGAGCGGCAGCCGACACCGGUGCCGCGGACAAGACCAACAAGUACAGCUCACCCAAAGGCAGCAAAUACGUAGUCUUUUACCUGGACCUAUCCUUUGUGUUCCUUCUAGAGUUCAAGAAGUGCAACAUGGCGAGAGGCUGUUUGUGCUGCUUGAAGUAUCUGAUGUUCAUCUUCAACCUCAUCUUCUGGUUGUGUGGCUGUGGGCUGCUUGGCGUGGGCAUCUGGCUCUCUGUGUCACAGGGCAGCUUCGCCACCUUCUCACCUUCAUUCCCGUCUCUGUCAGCUGCCAACAUGGUCAUUGCCGUCGGGGCAAUCGUCAUGGUGACGGGCUUUCUUGGUUGCCUGGGUGCCAUUAAGGAGAACAAGUGCCUGCUUUUAAGUUUCUUCAUCGUACUGCUGAUAAUCCUCCUGGCAGAGCUGAUCCUCCUCAUCCUCUUCUUUGUGUACUCUGAUAAGGUGAGCGAGAACGCUAAGCAGGACCUGAAGGAUGGGCUGGCUCUUUACAACUCAGAAAACAACAUAGGCCUUCGAAAUGCAUGGAACAUCAUCCAGGCGGAGUGGAAGUGCUGCGGUGUCAUAGCGUACACGGACUGGCACGAGGCCCUGAAGGAGAAGGUGGUUCCUGACCGCUGCUGCCAGGAGCAUUACCAAAACUGUGGCCGCAACUCCACCAACAUGUUCUGGACCCGGGGCUGUUUUGAGAAGGUGGAAGAAUGGCUGGAUGAAAACAAGCAUCUGCUGGGAACCAUAGGCAUGGUCAUCUUGGUAGUGCAGCUGUUGGGCAUGGCGUUCUCCAUGACGCUCUUCCAUCACAUCCACAGAACAGGGAAGAAGUACGACGCCUAACCUGGGCGGAGGAGCCCCACUGCCUGCUGGGAAGAGACUCUGAUUCCAACAUUCAUGCUUUCCGUCUCACGUCACCACAUGUGUGAAGCAUCCUGCGCUCCUUCCUGGCCUGUACAGAUUCCGGCUGUGUUCCUGCACCUUUCCUGCUCUCUCCUCCUCUCAUUCAUUUUGCCAAAGAGUAACACAACUGGAUCUGAAGGGACACCCACUUUUGGCAAGCAAGAGAAUAACAUUGUUUCUGAAUGAAAUAUACUUUGUUUUUUUCUCAUCUUCUUGAUCAUUUUUCUUGGACUAACAAUUUGCUGGAAGGAAAGUUGGAUUUUGAGACAAUGAAGACUGAACUAAAGCCCAUGCAGCAUCUCCAAGGUGACAAAAACCCAUGAAAUAGAAACUGAAACUUUUCUCCUUUCUGGAGUUUUUUCAUGUUGAUCAACGCAAUGCUCCCCGUUUUCCCUUGUAAAUGGGUAAAGACCCAAUACAGCAUGCUAGUUUUUUACUUCACUGACUUCUGUGUCUCUGAAACUUUAGUUUUGAACUUCUCAGAUUUGUUUUUUAUUCAAACGCUCAGCGUUCCUGCAGAAUGCUGAGUGGUGAGCAGUUCAGCGUGGCGACCUGGUAGUUGUGUUGCAUGUCGGCUCGGGUUUGACGUGAAGGGGCACAGACAUGUCUGUGUGGUUUUUGUUGUAAUCCAUCUUUUUUUUUUUUUUUACUGUGCUGUAGAGAUUAGGGAAAAGGGAAAGUGUUGGAAGAACAUCAUGUGAGUGUGAGGAAUUAUCAAUGGAUUUAUUUACCAUCAAAUUCUGCAAAAUCCGCUGGGUAAUAAACUUUAAUUCAUAAAUCUGUCCUUGAACACACAUUGCUGUGUUCAAAUUCCCCUGAGAGGCAACAUUCACAGUGUUAAGCUAUUAGUUAGCGCUCCAUGGAGGGAUCCGGGUGAUAAAGUCUUUCUUUUUUUUUUGACAAAGUGUUUGUGUGUUUAUCUCUGUGUCUGUUUGAUCACUCAGAGGAGGUAAAACCUAGAAUCAGAGAGGAAAGGCUAACAGCAGACAUGUUUUCUCACUGCUGCAGUCAGGAGCAGGCUAGCAGUUUUCUCCUCCAGCUCUCAUCCAUUCAGUCAACCUCAACUCUACCCUGCCUCCAUUGUUUUCUGUUUACGCCCCGAUUCUCUUCCCACAUUUCAGGAAGCAGGGAGUUUGACAUUCCUGCUUAUUACUCAGUCACACCUCUGGUUUGCAACUUCACAUAUUUCAUGUAAGCUUACUUUUUAUGCAGCCUAAAGAGGAAUUGGUGGGGAGCUGGAAUCAAAGCCAAGGCAGAUAGAUAUAGCAACACAAACUCUGUAGGACACAUCUGUUUACCCACUGAUGCACCGCAGGAAGCCUGGGCAUCAGUCUGCCUCCUGCAGACCAGAAAUACUCUUCAUCUGCUGGUGGCUUGAAAAGAAUGCCCCCCAGUUUAUCUCAGAAGGUAUAAAGAGGUGUGAAGAGCUACCUUUAUUGGAUGGGGAUCGGUUUAGCUGCGCCUGUCAGACUUAGGUUAUUCAGUUUUUGUGACAUCUCCGGGGUAAAUUGUUUUGACAUCUACAACGAUGAAAAAGAAACAGCAAAUUAAGAGUCAAGUUACAGAAAGAAAAAACCUGAGAGAUUUAUGGCUUUAUUUACAGCAAGGAUGCUCCGUUUACAGAGAACGACGCUACGCUGCAGCGCGUCUGCACAAAGUGAAACAGGUCAGCUUUAAUCAGAGAGACGGUUGGUUAGGUGCAAACUGGAGCAGAUCUGACUGCAGAUUAAACACAAAUGAUCAGAUCAGAGCAGGAAGAAGUGAAAAAAGAACAUAUGUCCUUUAACCCCGGCGUCCCUUUAGGUUGUGUUUUCUUAAAGAAUGUCAUUAAAAUAUUAUAUGCAAAAUAUCUUUUCAUACAGCAACUAAUACUCACUAAUUAGUUUAAUUUUUCAUUUAAAUAUUUUAUUCUAAUGAGUUUUUUAGCAAUUAAAGUCUGUAUUUCAAUCAAAUUACAUGAUUCAAAAAAUCCAGAAGGGACACAGAUGACUUUAUUUUGCUCAAAAUUAAUUUUCAUCUGAAUCCAUGCAUCACCUGGCCAAUAUGUACGCAGUAACUGGAAAGGUUCUGCAAAACUAAAAUAGAACGGAUGAGAUGUGAGUUGAUUUUUCAGACUCACUCCCUCUCUACUUUUCCUGCCGGAUUGUCUUUGUGGUUUUCUGCUGCUGCAGCCCCUUUUUUUUAUUUGUUUUUGUGACACAUCAUUGUGUCUAUGAUUAUAGUUAGUGGCUUUGUUUGUUUAGGAAGCUACCCAGUGGUAUUGUUCGCAGCACACGCUGGCUAGGCAGAAUGAGGUCGAGACAGCGCUGUCACCGGAUUUGUGGCAUUCUGUUUUUGUUUAAUUCACUGCAAUUACUCAGCUAAAGCCGCAGCAUACAGCGCAAAAAGGCACCGGAUGCCUGAAGUGCAUCCCACUGAAUAUAUAACAUUUCUAAUCUCCCUCACAACUCCGACCUCCACCUGUCCGAAAGGACGUUUCUGGAAGCAGACUUUGCAGAGCUGCUGCAUUCACAGCCUGAACUUCCAAAGCCGCUACGCAAAGUGUUAAAGUGACUGUAAUUCAAAUUUGGUCCAAAUUUUUGCAUUUUCCGUCACUUGAAGCUUGAACUCUACAGAAGAGGAUUAGGGCCACGGGGGAAAAAAAUAAUACUAAUUUUAAUCUCAGCAUUAUGAAUUUAUUCUUUCUAUUAUUUUCCAGAAUUUUGACAUUAAUCUCUGAGAAUUCUAAAAUUUAAGUCAGAAUUCUGAGAAAAAAUUCAGAAUUAAAUUUUUUCAGUGGUCAUAUUUCUCUUCCGUAGAAUUCUGUAUGUUUGUGCAACAUUGCAUAGAAAGUGAUGUGUUUUAAUUGAUCCUCUGGCCAGAGGGCAGCUGGGGUUCCCGGUUUGUUCUGCAGAUUUAGAGCAUUUUAUGCAGCCUGAGAUAUUCUGCGUCUCUUCUUGUUGUGUCCAUGGGGUUAACAUGACAGCUGUUGUUGUACAGUGCAUGCACGACUGGUUGCUCCCGCUCUUAGCCCCCACAGCUUGGCUGCCUCCACAAACUGCACACGACUGUUUUCCCCCUUAUUUACCGCCUCGCUCUGCAGAUGCCUGGUUUCACAUUGAGACGCUGCAGAGAAGCAGCUCAGCUCUGUGGAAAGCAGCAGCAGAGGAAACGUUCUGCACUGAGGAAGGUAACAGGAGGAAUCAGUGUUACAUGUGAGGCUGCGCUGUAAACCUCACAGAAAAACUAGGUGAAUAUUUCACUCUACUCACGUUAAAUAGAAAACACAAGGAAGCAGAAUGUUGAGGAUAAAAAUUCUCCAGAUGUGACGUUGUGGUUCAAAGCCUGCAGUUUCUGUAACGCUGACUCAUCCGAAUACACAGAGACUCUGAGUGUGAACUCUGCUUCAACCCUGCCACUGUCGCUUAGUUUGGGUUCAUCUGAGUGUUUUUUUUAGAUCGUAGGGCCAAAUGACAUUUUAACAAAAGUUGUCCAGUGAUGUUAUUUUUGUAUGUUGGUUGUUGCUGUUUUAAUGUUUGUUUUCUACUGUUGGCUUUUUGUUUCUGUUUGUGACAGAUGCUCCACUGACUCUCAUUGUACGCAGAUGACACCUUUAAUUCAUUUUUUCCACCAGGGAUUAGUCUUGGCAGCGCUUCUGCUUCUCUACAAGGUGUAAAAAUGCCUUUUUUUGUCUUAAUACUGGAACAAGCACAUCGAUUCAGAAUGAAUGGACGGAAAAUUUAGCAAAUACACUUUAUUGCCAGCAAUGUUCUCUGGUUUACCUUCAUCUGAGACACACAGACCUGUAUAUAAGUUGGUAUAUGAUGGCAGCCCAGCCUUAGCAGCCAUGGAAAUUGUGGUGCAUUCUCCUGACUUUUUCAGUCUGAACGGUUCACUUCUGAUUGUUUCACCCCCCAAAAAAAUCUGUUUUGUUCCACGUCCAUAUGUGACUAAACUGAAUAUGUAUCUGAUUGUUUUCAAAUCUUCUACACUUUGUGUAAAACUGAAAACCUAGACAAAGUAAAGCAGUUUUUAUCUCAGGUUUUUUUUUAACACAGCCAAAUUAUAUCAACGUGAAAAGAUGUUCAAUAUUAUUUAAUUUUAGUUAUCGAUGCAGAGAUCGCUGUUUAUUCACAUUUCAACAGUUUGCUAAUAGGUUUUAUCAAUACAUCUUGACUCAACUGGCUACAUUUUUUCUCAGCCAAACUGAAAAUGAUUUUGACAUCGUUGGUCUGAAUUUUCAUGUUGCAUUUAAUCGGACUUUUCCGUGAAAUAUGGAUCAUAGUUCUGCACCAGAAGAAACCGCAAGCAAUGGCUGAAAAAUGUAAUUAUAAAAUUAUGAAAGAAGUGUGUGUGUGUCAGUGAAGUGUAACAAAUCCCAAUCCCAUCACUCCUGAUCCGACUCUACAUCCAAAUAGAAUCUUCUUCUUCCUUUUCCUCAUCCUAUGAGUUUGUGUCAGCUCCAUUAAAAUGGGUCCAUAGACGGCGGCGGCCAUUAUUACUGCCAGAAACGGAGCGCUGCUGUGUCACGUCUACGUUCUUCUUCUGUGCCUGAGAGUCGCUUUGAUGUUUAAAACCGUUCAUACAGAAAUCUGACUGUGGUCGCAUUUAAUUAGCAGAAUGAAUGACCACGCAAAAAAAUUAACAAAAUUAUAAUGGAGCAUUGAAAUUUGCUGUGAUUUUACACAGUCUACUACUUUGUGGCGUGAUUCCCAGUUGUUUCCACUUUGUUUUGCUUCCACUAACAGGUGACAUGGAAUAUUAAUUUUUUCACAAAUGUUUCUAGAAACGCUCUACCUUCCCAAAUGCUGGAUUUGAUGAAUCCAUGGAUUUGGACGGCUGAGUGAAUACUUUUGGUCAUAUAGUUGAUGACUGGAGACGCAUCGCUGGCAGAUUCCACUUCUAGUUUUCAAUAAAUGAGGAUGUGCAGUUUAACUGCUCAUGAAAAUAUAUCAGCCCCAUGUGUAUAUACAGAAAUAUAUUCUUAUUUUACAACUGAUGCAAGUCAGCGUUUGCUUCAACACAAAUGAAUAUAUUUACGCUGACAGCUCAAUUUUCUAACAAACUAUGCUUUCAUGCUUACUUAGACAUAUCUUCUUGUACUGUAUGUGUCUGUUUUCCUUGUUUGCUGUUCUUCCGCCACCUGCAGUGUAAAUUUUAUGUAAAUUUAUGUUUUUAUCAGUAAGCUUUUCGUGUCUUGUUUGACUGGAUUUUGAUCUUGUAGUAAAAACAUUUCUUUUUCAUUUCAGAAGAAGCAUAAAAUAUUCUUUCUCAUCCCUCAGUAAGUCACACAGAUGCUGAGGACUAAAUGCAUCACAGUGAUCCAGGUUUUGUGUAGCACUGAGGGACUUGGAGCAGGUUCUUUUUAUUUGAAUCACUUAAUUUUUUUACCUCCUUUCGGCGUAUUAUUUUGUGUAAUCUGCUCUGAAUCCGUCUCCUGAGCUGAAGCUGAAUCUUUGAGCGGUGGAAAUGAUGCUCUGCUGCAGAAACGCCGUGUUUGAUGUUGUGCUCUGCUCGGCGGCAUUGUCUGAUGCCUGCCAGCAUCGUCCUGUGACUUCCUGCCACAAAGCCACUCUAACCGAGGUGGUGCACUUCCUGCUCUUUUCUCUCCAAAUCAACUAUUUUUUAAAUAAAGGAAAGUGUGUCACUAAAUCCCAA